ACUAUAUCGACACGGUUUGGUGAAUGAUUGUAUGUACGAGUUGAGUCAAGUAGAAGCUCGGGGAACUGUAAAACUCGGAGGCAACGUGAGUUUUAGGAAAGUAAAAUAGGUUUCAGGUACCUAAUAGUGCAAAGAGGUACCCACAUUACCUGAAGAGAAGACUCGGAGAAACUAUGAAGACGGAUCAAUCGACCGAUCCAUCAACGAGACAGUCGGCAUCAUCAUCGAUCGAGCAUCGUCUCCGCAGUCCAAAAUGUGCGCGGUGCAGAAACCACGGGGUGAUUUCCGGUUUGAAGGGUCAUAAAAGAUCCUGCGCAUGGAAGGACUGCCGUUGUCCCUGCUGCCUUUUGGUUGUCGAACGUCAACGGGUUAUGGCAGCCCAAGUUGCCCUCCGUCGGCAGCAACAGGCACACGGAAGCGGCUAUAACAAUGACCAUGGACGGCUCCCCACGUCCGGGAAAUUGGCAAACGAGGGACAAGUCCAUAAUAUAGGGGACCAGCAGCGUGCUGCUGCCGCUUAUCAGCGAAGACUGCGCAAUCUGCAGCAUCAUCUUCACUUCACCCAAACGCAGAUCAGUGUUACGCAGAAUUUGAGCUUGAACGCCUUGCCUGGGAGUGGUGGACUACAGUCCGCAGUAAUGCCAGCACCCCAGAUCUUGGCCGCUCUAUCGCCGAGUGAUCGACAACGGAAAAGACGGACGUUUGCUGACGAGAGUUUAGACUUACAAUCGUUGUACCCGGCGUACCAAACCGCUGCCCCUUGGUACACGUCUUCGAAUGAGGCUCAAACCUCCAAAACAAGACUCAGUGGUUUCAUAUUUGCAGCCUCUAGUCCGCGGGAGAAUUUCAACCCAUCCGGUAAACACGGAACGUCAUAUGUCGUCUCACCCCCACCGAUUUUCGAAAAGAAACCGGUGAUAUCUUUCAGCGUUGAAUCAAUUAUCGGAACAAAAUGACCCCCCCCUUUGUUUCAUACUCAUUUUUCUGUACAUAUUCUCCUACGGUCAUCCGACAACACAUAUUCGUAACAUCAUUUGCACUACUUAAUUGAAGCAAUCAUACAGUACACGAUUUACUAACUUUAAAAACUAUCUACAACGUUUAAAAGUAAGACAUUAUACUCUUUCAGUAAUUACGUAGUUAAUAUUAUAUUAAUAAUCUAACAUCAUGUGUACACAAUGUAACAAACGGAGCGAGUUUUACCAAAUAUAAUCAUGCUCAAAAA